GAAGACAGCGCGAAAGGAGUUGAAGGGAGGAUCGUGAAGGUUGGAAUCAUCGAGCGCGCGGGCUUCUAAACACCGUCAAAUCUCAAUAGUACUUGCCCCGUGUUCUCGUUCAUGGCAGCCCGUGUUGGUCGUAUUGCACGCCUAACGUUGUUUUCGGGACCCCAGUGCUCUCUUUGCGACAUAGCCAAAGCUGAACUUGCGAAGGUCAGACAGCAACGCUCCUUCGAGCUCGAGACGAUCAACAUCCAGGACGCUGGGCAGGAGCGCUGGAAGCGCAAGUAUGUCUACUGGAUCCCGGCGCUGCACCUCGAGGGCAGGGAGAUUGCCAAGGGCCGCUGGGACGCGCACACAGUGAACCAGGCCAUCGACACUUGGGAGAAGGACCCAUGGACCCGGGACGGCCAGGGCAGCAGCCUGACACUCUGGCAGGAGCACGAGCAGUCGGUACCACUGUUUGUCGUUGAUACUCGGCCAAGCUGGGUUACGCUGGAACUGGACGUCGGUGAAGACAUUUUCUAUGAUUGGUGUAGGGACACCGCGCUGGGUACUGGCAUGCAAGAGCCUGAUCCGGACUACGCGACACGCUGCUUCAACUGUGGUUCAUAUAAUCACGUCUACUCGUCGUGCGCGGAUCCGCUCAACCCCGCUCUCAUCAAGCUCUCGCGACAGUUGCAUCGCUUUCACAAGGAUACUGUGGUCUACAGGCACCAACGCGUCCACGAGGUUGUGGAGUGGAAGCGUCAGAGACUAGCGUGGCUCGAGGAAUUUGAGCCUGGGCAGAUCAAAGGGCCCCUGUUGCGCGAUGCACUGGGUCUGCAGGAGCAUGACACUGGCGAGCACGUAGAGUGGUUACGCAACAUGGCGCACUGGGGCUACCCGAAGGGAUGGAUCGGUGGAACUGAUCCUCGGGAGCGUGUUCGGUGGCUGAUCUAUGACGACGGAGACAAGGCUGAGGAUGAACCGGAGGCCUUUAUAAUUGUGGGUGAAGACAUUGAGGAGCAGCUGGACCUCUCCGUGGUGCUGUUGCGCAGCUCUUCAGGCGAAGGUGACGGCGGAUCCACCUCUGAUGCCGACAUAUCCCGCUCUGCGAUGCGCCGUUGGGCUACAUAUCCGGACACCUAUUUUCGCUCCUCUCACCUUACGGUGUACGGUAGUCGGGGUCUACCUGGGACAGAGUUCGGCGAGGGGCCUAUGUCUGGUAUCCCUUGGCCACUGCCAUUGAAUAUGCCUCCCCCACCAACUGGUACACCUCCGCCGCCGCCAUCUAGCACGCCGCCUCCCCUGCCGCCUCCACCCUCUGAGCCUCCCCCUUCAAUACCGCUACCGGCGAAAAAUACUCGCAAUGCACCAUAUGAGCACGAUGACCGGUUAGAAACAGAUAUGGACUUGUCUGACUGA